UUUCCCGGAGGCAGGAAGGUUGGCGGUUGUCCUCUCCUCCUUUUUUUGCUUGAAAAUAUAAGCAUGUGAUUAACACAGCCGCACUAUUUCAGCCUAUUUGUGCAUUUCAUUGCUCCUGCUUCGAGGGACUCGGCAACAGCAGCAGCUGUUUUCCACAAGGACACGGGGUACACUCUCUUUACCAACACCAAAGUUCAAAGGCAUCAAUACAUUUCCUGUCCCACCUUUUUUUGUCUGGCCACACAAAGAUCUAGCAUGGAUAAGAAACUGGACCUCUCCAGGCUCACGGACGAGGAGGCCAAGCAUGUAUGGGAGGUCAUCCAAAGGGAUUUUGAUCUGAGGAAGAAAGAAGAGGAAAGACUCGGGACGUUGAGGACUAAGAUCGAGAAGGAGGAUACAAAGCGGGAGUUGCUGGGCUCUCAGUCUAACCUGGCUGAUUCCCACUGCAUCCACUGCUUGCAGCCCUUCAAGUUCCUGGUCAACAGCAGACGCCAGUGCCUGGACUGCCACCUGUACACCUGUAAGAGCUGCAGCCGCUACAGCAAGAAAGAAUGUGGCUGGGUUUGUGACCCCUGUCGAAUGUCCAGGGUCCUGAAAAUCGGAACCCUCGGGUGGUACCAUGACAACGUGCGCUCUCGCUUCAAGCGCUUCGGCAGUGCCAAGGUGAUGAGGUCACUCUACAAGAGAUUAAAUGAAGAGGGUCGCCGUGACGAUGACACACAAAGCAUGCCAGACGUCCGCAAUGCGUACAAUGGCCAUGAUGACGACCAUAUGGAUGCAACAGAAGCCCAACGCUAUAAACAGAUACGAAAAACAAAGCGUCUGCUCUCCGUCCACCCAAUGGACCUGGACAUGGACGAAUACGGUAGCCACUCCCGGCGGCAGUCUAUGCAGUAUAUCCAGGAUGAGCGCGGACUGGUGCGCAAUGAUUUCGAAUACACCCCCGACAUGUACCAUCACCAUCAACAUCAUCAUCGCAUGAAUCGCAGGAAGAGUCUUGACCGCUUCUCACGCCCAGAUGAUGGCCUUUACUCAGAGCACAGGAUGGUGCGUGCUCGCUCUCUGUCGAAGAUCAACUCCACCUUGCCUCAGCGCUCUCACUACCUGGACACCUCUGAGGAGGAGGACGGGUAUCGCUUCCCCGUCUAUCAGCUCCCCUCACGCCGCCGCAGCCGUGCCUCAUCCCAGGAGAACAUCCACCAGAAUGCUCCUCCGAUUAAUGAGCUAAACAAGAGAAUGUCUGCCAUUGAGAGUCUCCUGAAUCGUCUGGAGGAGAAGAUGACCAUACCUCAUGAUCAGCCAGCCCAGCCCUCCGCAAGCCAGCUGGAGGAGGAGAAGCUGAAGAAGAAGUUGGAUGAGCUGAUGAGUGACAAGGCUCUGUCUUCUGAUGAGGACGAGCCCAAGAAGCUAUCCCAGUACAAGGGCUCUGGUGUGAGAGGUGGUCUCUACGGUGAACAGGGCCCACCGGCUCCUCUGGCACAGGAAGCAGAACUGAGCUCUUCCAGUGAUGAGAUGCCCACCGAAGCACAAAAGAGAUCCACUGCGGCGGCGCUUUGCGACAUCACAACUGAGGUUCUAAGAACCCUUAAUGCCACUGAAAGCGCUAUGACCGAGUUGGCCCCCUCAAACCCUAAUGACAGACCUCAGUUAGCGGGCACAGAUGUAAAGAAAGCUGAUGAUGCGUACAGGGAGCUUGAGGAAAAUGUGUAUCUGACAGCGGGGAAGUCCUUUGAAAUGGAGCGGAGGUUAAGGAAGAUCGAACAAAACGCUAAGAACAAUUACAUUGGCCCAGUAACCGACUCUGAACUGUCUGAACUGGAGGACCAGCUUGCAGUAGCCGCUGCAAAGGUCCAGAGCACGGAGAGUGAGGUGUCGGAUAUUGAGAGUAAGAUUGCUGCUCUCAGUGCGUCGGGACUGUCAAUAGAUAAGGCCAAGAAAAAGGCAUCAAGCAUACAACAAAGAAGAAAAUUUUCCCAAGACAUCGCCACAAACCGAGCGCAUUUCUGAAUGUCAGAAGGAUAACAUUUAAAAAACUAUGCUAUAUUGUUUUUUAGCUAAAGCCAUUACUGAUGAGUCUUACUUGCCCCUCUGCUUUAGUCUCUACUGUAAUCCAGUGAGACGUUCAUGAUUUUUGAUCCAUGCAUUUCCUGCAAUGUACGGGAACAUCUGUAAAAUAUGUUGUUCUACUUUUUACUGAUCUUCUAAUUCCCUGUCCAGCAGUCUGUCCAUUUUCAGAAGGUAGAUUAAUGCAUGCCUCAUUUGGAAUGAAAAUAUGAUUUACUGUAAACAGAUCUCCCUCAGAUGGUCCUUCAUCUGUCAUUGCUUCGAGCUGAUGCUGCCAACUUCUUGUUGAAAGCUCUGGCCUACAUAAACACGCUGUGUAUGCUGUAUAAAUGACACCGGGGGGUAUUUCACAAAGCAGCAUUUCUCAGUAAACUGCCUAAUUUAAGCCAAAAGUGAGAAUUGCCAAAGUGAAUAUUGCCCAAUUGUCCUUCACCAAAUACGCCAGACUUUUGGCUUAAGUUAUCUGGGUAACUUAGAGACUCUGCUUAGUGAAAUAACCCACAGAUUCACAGAUUGAUGAAUAUAUAGAUAGAUAGAUAGAUAGAUAGAUAGA